AUGGCUUAUAUACGACUAACAGAUUGUCUAUUAUUUCUAUUUAAUCCACUCUCUGGCAAAAAGAUCCACCUUCCAUCCGUUGAAACCCUUUCCCACUAUUGUAAGGGCGUCAUUCGGAACAGCGAAUCUGGUUUGAUCGAAUAUUUUAUUACCUGCUUGGGCGAGCGCUAUACCCCACCAGUUUUUGCUGAAGCCGUUGUUCGCUGGGUUGUUCUCUCGUCAUCUCCUAUGGAUGAUGACUGCAUAGCAGUGAUCUGUUACGGCCACAACUCUAAACUAGGCUUCUGCAGAAUAAGAGGAGACAAUUCCUGGGUUGAGCUCGGUUCGCCCUACAAUAGUCUUUACAGGCCAAUUGUUUUCCACAAUGGAAAGAAACUGUUUUUCACCGUCUCCUACUAUAGCAAUGAGAUUGAUGCUUGGGAUCUCCAUAAUAAUCCAAUUAAGAGGUUUCACUUGAAGGGUCAGGAUGGCGGUGUUUUGUCGACUUGGUAUCAGCCACUUGAGGAAGAGCCAGAUGCGUAUUAUGAGGAUGAGGUUGAGGAUGAGGAUGAGGAUGAGGAUGAGGAGUAUGCCCGUCCCUCAACCAAUUACUUGGUGUAUGACCACCAAAGCCAGGAGCUUUUUAUUGUUUUACGACGCUACUCAAAUAAACUUGACCGAGAAGGGAAACCUGCUGUACCUGCUGUUUAUCGUGGUGAUAGUACCGGUUUUUCUACUACCUUCAAGACUGAAUUUUUUGAUGUUUUGAAGGUUGAUUUCAUAAAGGAUGAUCGUGCGGAGCUUCAAUACUUGGAAGCUGGCAUCGGCAAUCGUGCAUUCUUCAUUGGCAAGAAUCCCGGUUUAUUUAGCCCUCUCAACCACAGAAUUCCUGAAUUGAGGCCCAAUUUUAUUUACUUUACCGAUGACCUGUCUUAUAUAGAAGAGUAUUGGGGAGGCCAUGAUUUUGGCAUUUAUGACCAUGGCGAAAGUAGUAUUUAUUCCUGUUACUAUCCCCACAAGAUACAGAAGAUUUGGCCAGCUCCUAUUUGGUUUCUCCCGGAUGUUGGUGCGGACCUUUAG